UGGGGACACGCCGUCCUGGGGCUGUGCCCCAUGGGGACAGCCAUGGCUGGCUCAGCCCUCGGAGCCAUCCUCGCUGUGCUGGCCUCGCUCAUCAUCACUGCCAAUGCACUGGUGGUCAUCGCUCUCCUCUGCCUCAUCCAGAAGAGCGGCUCCAAGGGGCUCUAUUUUGUCCUCAAUCUCGCCGUUGCGGAUGCCAUGGUUGGCUUCACGGUCACGGGGCUGGUCAUGGAUGAGUUUUCUCAGCCCUUUUAUCCUCCCCAGAUCUUCUGCGUCCUGAGAAUGUCUUUUGUGACCUCCUCUUCUGCUGCCUCUAUCCUAUCCCUGACCCUGAUCGCAUGUGAUAGGCACCUGGCCAUCAGGAAGCCUUUCCACUACUUCCAGCUGAUGACAGGCCUGCGGGUUGGGGUGCACCUGGCGGGGCUCUGGUUGGUGGCUGCCAUCAUUGGCUUCCUCCCAGUCCUCACCCCAGGCUUUCAGAAGGUCACCCAUCAUGAGAAGUGCUCCAUCUUCGGGGUCUUCCACCCCACCUACAUGCUCACUGUCUUCUGCGUCGGCUUCUUCCCAGCGCUCUUCCUCUUUAUUUAUCUCUACUGCGACAUGCUGAAAAUCGCCUCCGUACACGUGCAGCACAUUCAGGAGGUGGAGCAGGCAGGGUUGGCGGGCGCUGCCUGCCCGCCGGCCCGCACCACCAGUGACAUGAAGGCCAUGCGCACUGUGGCUGUGCUCAUCGGGUGCUUCACGCUGUCCUGGCUGCCGUUCUUUGUUGCCAGCAUCGUGCAGACUGUCUGUUCCGAGUGCUUCCCCACCAGGGUCAUCGAGAACUACCUCUGGCUGCUGGGGCUGGGCAACUCCCUCCUCAACCCACUGCUCUACUCUUUCUGGCAGAGGGACGUGCGGCUGCAGCUCUCCCAGCUGGCUGUGGGUGUGAAGAGGAUCCUCCUCCACUCGGGCGACGGCCGCCGCUUCUCCAGCAGAGGCACCAAGUCUGACCCCACUGUGUCCUGCCUGCAGCUUCAGCACUGACAUGGUAAGGAGCGGCUGUCACCAGCUUUCCAGCUCAUCUCCUGCAUCGUGACCAUGAACUUGGGGCCUGCUGGCUCUGGAGGAGGUCACGGACCAGGGUGGGACCAAUCUGGAUGCUAAUUCCACAUUGAUAUGGCCAAAUUCCAGCCUCCCACAGCAUGGCCUGAUCGGCACCAGCCCCAGGUACCCCACGUUGGGUUUUGCCUGGAGAGCUCAGCAAGAGCAGCCUGGUGUCUCCCAGAUCCAAGCUCUCAGCAUUCAUUCUGCAAGCCAACAUCCUUUGCCCAUUGCUGCCCAGACUGGCUCCUCCUGCCCUCCCCUCUGCCUGCAGCACCAGCUCUCUGGCAGUAGAGCCUGGGAGGAUGUGUUCGUGUCCGUAAGUCUGUCCUGGACCACAAGCACUGCCAGUCGCUGCCCAUUCUAAACCAAACUCGGG